UUUUUUAAUUUCAUUUUAUUUUUUCGUAUUUAAUUUUUUUUAACUUUUAUUUUUAUUUUUUACAUAUAUUAUAAAAUAUCUUUCAACAAAAAUGAUUUUUAAAAAAAUAUUUUUCCUAACCGCCAAGUCCAAAUUCUACUCACCUUGGCAUUUCAGAUUUUGGCUUUUCGGAUCAAAAUGCCAAGGUCACAAACGAAGAAGCCUCAAGCACAUCCAAGGGGAGGACUGCAGAAGCAAAAACCAAAUGAGGAGAAAGGAGAGAGCCCUGAGAAGGAUCAUCUGGUGAUUGGCGAUCAGGAAUCAGAUCUGAAGGGCGAUGAUAAAGCGGAGGAAAAAGAUAAGGAAGAGAAUCUCGUUCAGAAAUUGGAGGAUAUAGGCCAGCCGAAGACUUAUGCUGAAGCAGUAGGCCGAUCAGAGGAAUCUGAAGGUAAGCUUACAUUUGUCGAAGCUGAGGAAGCCGAUGGUAAUAAAUAUGCUAGGAUUAAUGAUGAGGAUGUAUUACAAACAGAAAAUUACUGGGAGGAUACUGCAAUAGUAUGUGUUUUAGGAGCUAAUCCUCCCCAACCUGUGAUGGAGGGAUUUAUAGGAAGAAUUUGGAAACAAUAUCAGAUCGAUGAGAUAAAAUUUCUAAAACCAGGGCAAUAUGUGGUUCGGUUUGGAUCUGAAAAAGAAAGAGAUGAAGCAAUACAGAGGAUCUACUACCAGUUUGACAAUAAGCCUGUCUAUGUUAGAAGCUGGAAGCCUGGCUGUGUGGUGGAUGUGAAGAACCUCAUGGAUAUACCUAUUUGGAUACAGUUGCCAGGUCUGGAAAGCAAAUACUGGAGCCUUACAGCUCUAAGCAAGAUUGGUAGCCUGAUAGGGAAGCCAAUCAAAGCUGAUAAGGCCACAACAUCAAGAACUAAAUUGGAUUAUGCACGACUCCAAAUAGCUGUCAGUGCAAAUCAACUAUUUCCUGAGAAGAUCAUGUUUGUAGAUGAGAACAAUAGACUGAUACAUCUAUCAGUUAAAUAUGAAUGGAAACCAAUAAGUUGCACUAAAUGCAGUAAGCUGGGGCAUGAGGAAGAUAUGUGCAGGAAGAAAGAAAUGAAAGGGAACCAGAAACUAGUAUGGAAACCUAAAAUUACAAAGGAAAAAUAUGAACAAGAGAAAGAAGAAUCAGAUGUCCAGAAGCAGAAUAGAGGUUUGGAUACAGAGGGAAAUCAAGAGGGAAUAGAAAAUCAAAAUGAAGGGUUUAUUCCAGUUAGUAAGAAGAAAGCAGCAAGACCAGUUCAGAAAUGGGAAGAAGAGCAGUUCAUUCAUCAUGGGAUUUGCCUGAACAGAGACUUAGUUGAAGCCCCCUAUAAGGGGCACUACCCUUUUCUACAAUGAUUGGAGGGUGGAAUGUGAGGGGACUGAACAGCCUCAACAAACAAAUAGAGGUAAAACGUUUCCUCCAAAAGAAUAAAAUCAGUCUGAUGGGAAUGAUGGAAACAAAAAUAAAAGAUAAUAUGGUGAAUAAUAUAAGGAAUAAGAUCUGCCAGGGAUGGGGAUCCUAUAUGAAUAACAGCUAUCACCCUAAUGGGAGAAUUUGGGUGAUUUGGAGACAACAGAGAUAUGAGGUAGACAUCAAAGAUGCUUCCAGUCAAACUGUCCACUGUAUAGUGCUUGACAGACAGAAUAACAAUAAGUUCCACAUUACAUUUGUGUAUGGUCUCAAUGAUAUAGCAGGGAGGAAGGAUAUGUGGGAAAAGAUAAGAAGCUAUCAUAGAGGGUUGAAGGGAGAUUGGAUAAUAUUGGGAGAUUUCAACGCUGUCCUUAAUCUCAAUGACAGAAUAGGGGGUAACAGAAUAAAUGAAGAGGAGAUUUCAGACUUCAAAGAAUGCAUUAUGGAUUGUGGAUUAGAGGAAGUCCCUACCCAUGGAUCUUUCUAUACAUGGUCCAAUAGACAGGGUCUAGGCAGGAGAAUUUAUUCAAAACUAGAUAUGGUGCUAUCAAACACUGAUUGGAUGGUUUCCAGGGGUAUGAAGGCCUACAUUUUGGAAGAGGGUAUAUCAGAUCACUGCCCUAUUAUAAUACCUGAUCAUCAGAUAACAGAUAGAAGUAAAGAUUUUAAAUACUGUGAUAUGUGGACUCUGGAUCCUCAUACGAAGGAGAUUAUACAGGGGGUUUGGCAUGAAGAGAUGGAAGGCAGACCCAUGUAUAAACUGGUUAAGAAACUCAAAGAGCUGAAAUCCCCGCUAAGAAGAUUGAAUAAGGAUAAAUUUAAUGAAAUCCAUAAACAAGUAGAGGUGGUUAAGACUAAACUUACUGAAGUUCAGAAUAUUCUUAAGAUGAGAAAGGAUGAUGUAUCCCUCUUGGGCCAAGAAAAGGAACUACUGAUUGAAUACCAGAUCAAGUUGAAGGCCUCAACACUCAUGAAGAACCAAAUCUCAAAGAUGGAAUGGAUCACUGAGGGAGAUCAAGGUACUAAAUUGUUUCAUGCAUGAGUGAAAAAAAGGAAUUUGAUGAACCAAAUAAUAUCAAUUAAGAAUGAUAAAGGUGAAGUUAUGAAUGAUAAGGAGGGAGUUUCUAAGGUGAUAAGUACAUAUUAUCAGAACCUGUUGGGAAAGAAAGUCCAUACCAGGGACAUUGACAAAAAUAUAAUGGAAGCAGGAAAGACACUGGACUUGAAUCAACAGCUCUCUCUCAUAGCUCCUUUCCAAAAGGAUGAGGUCAAGAAGAACAUGUUCUCUAUCCCAAAUGGCAAGAGUCCUGGCCCAGAUGGAUACAGUAGUGGAUUCUAUAAGAGUCACUGGAAUAUUGUGGGAGACCUGGUUAGUAAAGUAGUUUUGGAUUUCUUCGAUAAAGGGAAGACACUUAAGCAAAUAAACCAUACAAAGAUUA